CUGCGUGAGUGUAGAAGAUGAGUAAGACACCAUUAUGAUUGUGACCGAAAAAAAUGAAAAAAAGGUUUUCCCACAAUUUUGAAUUUUAUUUAAUUUUUUGGGUAUUCACUGUCAGCGCCAUUAAAAACCCUGGAUCGAUCAAAAAUUCCUUGAAAAACACCUCAACUCUCAGUGAAACUCACUUUUGUCUAUGUCAACAAAACCAAAAAAUGCGCUCUUCUCUUUCAUUCAUCCAUUCCUGUCGUUUCGGCUACUUCUUUUGAUUUGAACGUAGAAGGGGGAAAAAUAGGCCAAGAAUUUAACAACCUCUCCUCCUUCUCUCUCCUCUUUCUCUCUCUGCCCGCUUAUAUAUGUGACAUUGGUGUAGACAACAUACCAAUAUAUUAUUAACUUAUUUGUGUGUGCCUUCUUGGAUGCUCAUACAAUUUAAGCCCCAUUUAGUAUCUCUCGGUUUCUUGAUACUGCUUCCGUUUUUUUGUUCAUUUUAUGCGUUUUCGUGGCGAAUCUGGAGGCUUCUGAGGUUCUUGGGCUGACCCGUUUCUUCAAGGUACAAUCUUUGGUUGUUUUAUGUGAAGAAAUCCUAUUUUUUAAUUUUUUUUAUUGCAGAUGGGAUUUUGAGGUUGUUCUGAGAUCUGUCUGUGCUGCAGCUUUUUAGCUAUUGUUGCUCUUGGUAAUUUGAUGAUUUGUUUGUCUUGAUAUGCGGUGUUUCGAGAUUUUCCCUCUUGCUGCUGAUUGAGUGGCUCGACAAUGGAGGAGGAAAUCUCAUGGGUUAGUCAUUGUAUUGACAACGUUGAUAGUGGCACUGUGGGAUUUGAUUCAUUCUCGGAGCUUAAUGAAGAAACCGACAGAGAUGUUUCUGCAGUUUCUAUGGAUCUAGUUCUGCCCGAUGAUCUUCUGGAGCGGAUAUUAUCUUAUCUCCCCAUUGCUAGCAUCUUUAGGGCAGGUUGCGUGUGCAAAAGAUGGAAUGAGAUAGUGACAUCAAAGAGGUUUCUUUGGAACAAUUCUCAUGCAUUGUUGCAGAAGCCAUGGUACUUCAUGUUCACGAGCUCUGACGACCCAAUUGGUUAUGCAUAUGAUCCCAUUCUCCGAAAGUGGUAUGGCAUCGACCUCCCUUGCAUUGAGAAAUCCAACUGGUUCAUUGCUUCAUCUAGCGGGCUAGUCUGCUUUAUGGACAACGAUAGCAGGAGUGAGCUGUAUGUAUGCAACCCGAUCACCAAAUGUUGCAAGGGACUUGAUGAGCCUCCAGGCCCUAAAUUUCCCGACUACAGUGCUUUAGCGGUCUCAGUCAACAGAGCAACUCACAGUUACAAUGUCUCGAUUGUCAAAUCUAAGCAGGUCCCUGAAAACUUCUUUCAGUGGGAUCUCUCGAUCCAUCUCUAUGAUUCAGAAACGAGGGAGUGGCUGACGGAUCUGACAGAGGUUUUAACGGGGUGGAGAGCUGGUGAUGAGAGUGUGAUAUGUGAUGGGGUAUUAUACUUCUUGAUUUACUCGAUCGGAGGUGGUGGUCCCGACAACCGCCACGGCCUUAUCAUGUAUAACCUCAGAAGCCGGUCGCCUUAUGGCCUACUGAUGAGGAGUUUUAUCCCGGUGCCGUGUUCUCUCACAUGUGGCCGUUUGAUGAACCUAAAGGAAAAGCUUGUGAUGGUUGGAGGCAUCGGCAAACAUGAUCGACCGGGCAUCAUCAAGGGCAUCGGGAUCUGGCUUCUGAAGGGGAGAGAGUGGCAAGAGAUAGCCCGAAUGCCCCAUAAAUACUUUCAAGGUUUUGGUGAAUUUGACGACGUUUUUGCCAGCAGUGGGACGGGCGAUCUCAUAUAUAUUCAGAGUUAUGGGGCGCCUACGCUUCUUGUUUUUGAUUUCAACCAGAAGCAGUGGAAAUGGUCUCAGAAAUGCCCCGUGAUCAAGAGGUUCCCCCUUCAGCUCUUCACCGGUUUUUGCUUCGAACCAAGGCUUGAAAUUGCGCCCUAGCUCUCCUGCUCGUAUUAUAUAUUUAAUCCGAUUUUACGUGAAGCAGCCAUUGAUGCCACCAUGUCUAUGUGAGUUCAAAAUGCUUAGGUUUUUAACUUGUUUUUACUUUGUUUACGAUGAAUUUGAUUUCGUAGUAAGGCCUAUAGGCGAAUGCUAUUAUUUGAUGGAAGAGCUCUGCUGAGAAUGUCCAAUGCCAAUAUCAUUAUUCUUUAGUUUACAUUCACAAAUUCAAUUCUCAAGUUCACUAGUGGUAAAAAUGUCAACUUUAUGUGAUUUUUGACUGUGUGUAUGUUCCAUUUUAGAUUGAA